CAUAGUUUAAAAAUUCACAGGCUGUCGGGGUUACAUUAGCCUUUAGGACAUCGGUCAGCAUUGGUGCCAAGACGCUCCAAACCUUAACCUUUAGUCUCGAUUCUUGGUCUCGACUGGCCCAUAUCUACAUACAUGUUAGUACUAGGUAGUAAGCUGCCACUGAUAAGUACAAUACAAUACCUAGGGUAGGUAGCCUACUUACCACUGGGCAGCUACCUACUAGGUAGUACUUAACUAUUAGUAUCUACCACAACCUACUAGGUACCUUAGCACCUUGCACCCAAACAACAUUGAACUUCAUCACAUCUCACUCCUUCCUCCCCUUCGUUGCGCCGCUAUGGUCCACCCGUUCUUUGGAUCGUGACCAAUCAACAAGCUUCAUUCGCCUUGACUUGAAGUAGGUAACGAUGUUCUUCGACUUGUGCGCAUAACGAUACAGAUACAUCUGUGCUGUUCCGACAUGGCGCCGCCACCACGAAAACUCCUUGUCUUGGCUAUUUGCAUCCUUGGCCUAAGUACCACCUUCGUCUGGUCUCGAUACUACAAAAGCGCGGCCUUCGAACGUCCAAUUCACUUUUCCAUCUCGGUCUUCCUCUUCUCCGGCCUUUCUCUAUGCGCCUACGCAAGAUACAUACUUCAGUCCGAGUUGAAUUAUGCGCCAUUGUCCGACAACAAUGCACUCUCAAAGUCUUCCCUCCUCGGUAUCCUAAAAUCCUCAUUUCGGCUUCGAUACCUAUCGCCAUCCUUCACGCUGUUGCUUUCUUGCAUGGUAGUUCGUACGAUAUUGUACUGGAGGAUCAUUCGUACCAUCCACUGCUCGUGGGACGGACUUCAGGCAUUUCUUCCCUUCCUCCUAGCGAUAUAUGACUCGCUCGGCCUCCGGCCUGUCUACUUGCCGAGGCAUGGACGCGAGACGCAAGGGCGGCCGGUAGCCGCAUCGUUGGCGCUCAAGAAGUAUGCUGUAGUAGCACUGUUAUGGGGUUUGGCUGCCACCGACACCCUCCUUCUCUCCGAGCGCACCACCGGUGCCAUAUGUCCCGCCGGACCCCGCAUUGAACGCCUAAUACCUCUCGCGCAGUUAGUCACAUUGGCUCUAGAUGCUACAAUAUUUUCCCAGAUUGCCAAAAUUCGCCAAGGCAACGAGGAUCAGUCAAAGACGUGGCACUUUUUAGGAUCCUUGUUUCUUACAUCUGCGGCCCUACUGACCUUCCUAGCUAUUUGGUCGUCAGUCGACCGAGCUAACUUUCAUUGGAACAUAUUCCUGUCUCGCUUAGCUGUAGAAGACUUAAUUGUCGAUAGUAUUGCCGUGACUAUUGGUAUCUUGUCUACUAUCUACCUACUUGGUAGCUUCCACGCCACGGUGGUGACUUUACUGCUGACAGUAUCAAGCAUCCUCGUCUACAUCCAAUGGAGAAUUAUGGAUGGAACCAUGGUCAAGGUCUGGUCUAACUGGUGGGGCCUCCUGACAGGUGUUUGGUUAUUUCUUGGAGCAGGCAUCUUACUUCAUCUUGGCAUAGCUGCUACAUUUCCGCUGCCUUCUUCUGCUGAGAACAUCUCUUCCAGAAACCGAUAUGCUCUCUAUACUCUACUCGUCUUCCUUUUCAUUUUCUGUCAGACAAUGAUCAUGAGCCCCGGAGGAUUGCGGCCUACCCCCGUUUCCACCAUUGCUAGGGCUAGAACUCAAUCGGAUGCCUGGAUAGCCAGUGCUGGUAAAAGUCAAUCGCUUGAAGCCGCUGUCUCAGAGUAUAAAGAGCGUUACGGUAUACCGCCACCUCCCAACUUCGACAAGUGGUACGACUUUGCAGCCUCUGUCAAAUCGCCAGUGUUGGACACGUUCGACCAAAUUCACGCAGAUCUACUUCCUUACUGGGGUACACAGCCGCAUGUCCUACGCCAGAGGACAACCCAUCUCCUUGAGCAUCCCUCGCUUUCUAUGGGUGGCAUCAUCGUUAAGGACGGCGAGGUUGAUAUAUCACCACACAUUCAUGGAACUCAUAGAUGGAUGAUGGACGUCACCAAGGAGAUGAUUGGGCCCUUUGCGCAAUUCUUACCCGACAUGCAAAUCGCCUUUAAUCUUGACGACGAAUGCCGUGUUUCGGUGCCCCUCGACAGAAUGACAGCUUAUACGGACGAAGGCCUCAAAGUUAGGGCGAAGUUGAGCACAAAACAAAAGCUGCAGUCUUUUAGUAGCACCCAAGAGCCUCCUUGGGCAGACAGCUUUUUGAAUGCAGAUGAGAGUAUAUGGGACCAAAAGUCGCCAUGGUUCUUGGAUAGAUCUAAGCGUCAGAUCUUUUAUGAGUGGAUCUCACCAACCUGUCCUGCCGACUCGCCAGUAAAUACGUACCGUUGGUGGAAUAGAAAGGCCGAGUGCUUGGGCUGCUCUGCUCCCCAUAUGACGAACGGCUUCGUAUCCGACUGGGCACUAUCCGGAGACUUGUGUCAUCAACCUGACCUUGCCUAUUUGCACGGCGUGCUGUUAUCUCCAUCUGCGAUGGCCCCUUCACAAACAUUAUUCCCGGUAUUCAGUCAAAGCCGGCUUUCCAACUUCGCUGACAUUCUGUAUCCAAGUCCAUGGAAUUUUGGCGAGAAGGUCGAAAUCGAGACGAACGACAGCAUCUCUAAUCAAAAGCUCAACAGUGUAUACUGGCGUGGUGCCUCAUCUGAUGGUUUUGCCAUCCAUGGUACUUGGCACACAUUCCUACGGGCCAGGUUUGUGCAUAUGGCAUCUCAUGCCAAAUUCUCCAUCCGGGCGAAAUCCCUCUUUAGCCUCAUACCGUCCCGCAGCAGUAUUGUCUCUUCAUUGCGUUCCUUCUCCCCAAGGACAUCGUCUUCCAACCCUCAGAAGACGUCCUCGGCAGACUAUCUCGUUGUCAAUGUUUCAUUCGUUGGUAACUUCAACAGGUGCGACGAGCGUGAUUGCGCAGCCGAGCAUAUAACUUUCUAUGGUUCAUCUACAGCUGAGCCACCUCCAUCUAUAGACUUUCAAGAACACUGGCGUCAUCGUCAUCUCAUAGAUCUUGACGGUGCUGCCUUCAGUGGCCGCUUCUUGCCAUUCCUGAAGUCAGGGUCCUUGCCAUACCGUGCAGCCCUCUUUCGUACUUGGUGGGAGGAACGUGUUCACGCCUGGAGACAUUUUGUCCCGCUAGACGUGCGAUUGAGCGAUCUUUGGAGCGCUGUGGGGUACCUAGGUGGGCCAGGUCUCGCCGAUGCAGACGAUAUAGCGCAAGCCGGCCGCGAGUGGGCACUUAAGGCGCUUCGGAAAGAAGACAUGCAGGUUUAUAUGUUUCGGCUGUUACUUGAGUGGGGACGUCUGGUAGACGAUCACAGAGAAGAUAUUGGGUUUGCCCUCUGAUUGUAGGCAGAAUAGCAAGCGAAAAGGAAAGACAAAACCAAAGGUUAGGUAUAUACAGGAUACAUACUUAGGUGGGCAGGCAAUGGAUAGAGAGAUGGGCGGACGGGACGAAUGAAUAAUGCGACUACUAGGUGCGGUGUUACUGGUUUUUCUGGAGUCACUAUUGCACUUGAUACCAUUACCUAGGGGAAAACGAAAAGUACGCAACAUAAUAACUACAUAUUUAUACCUACCCACCUACCUAAGCGAGGUAUGUAGGUACGUAUAUCAUUGGAUGAUUUCGGAUAUAUACCUACCUAUACAUUUACACAUCUCCCCUUCUCUGGUCAUUCAUGAUUUUGAAUCCAUGGUUAAUAGACAAGUGAGAUCUAACA